CUAGCAUGUUACUGGCUCUAACAAUGCUUCAAUAAAUCAAAUAGCAUACAAUUUUAGUCAAAGUGAAUGUAUGCGUGAAAUGCAAUCAAUAUGAUCCGGAUAGUGAAGCAUUCCCGUUCUUCACUAGAUGAAGCAUUCCCGUUCUUCAUCCUUGAUGAAGCAUUUAUUGGAUCAAGCGCUUACCACUACGCCAAAAGCAAUUGCUGUUAGUGAGGGCGCAACUUUAUUUCCUUAUAGCACAGAGUCCUCAAGGGGCUGCGAUGUUAAGCGCCAUGGGGUGGGAUGUUAAGCCCAUCGAAUCCUAAGGGUGACGCUGGAUUAAUAAAUCCAACAAUCUCCCCCCCAGUGUUAGCCGGGGGAUUCGAACCCAUGACCUUGCUCUGAUACCACUUAUUGGAUCAAGCGCUUACCACUACGCCAAAAGCAAUUGCUAUUAGUGAGGGCGCAACUUUAUUUCCUUAUAGCACAGAGUCCUCAAGGGGCUGCGAUGUUAAGCGCCAUGGGGUGGGAUGUUAAGCCCAUCGAAUCCUAAGGGUGACGCUGGAUUAAUAAAUCCAACAGCAUUCCCGUUCUUCAUCGAAUGAUGCAUUGGUGAAGCAUUCCCGUUCUCCACCAUCGAUGAAGCAUUCCCGUUCUUCAUCGAAUUAUGCAUUGGUGAAGCAUUCCCGUUCUUCACCAAAUGAUGCAUGAUGCAAUAUGGUUAGCCAAACAUCGAAUCAGCCUCACAACACAAGCGUUUAGCUCAAAACCCAAUCUCAAAACCCAAGAGUUUAGUGUCGGUCAAUACAACACAACUCCAACAACAAGACCCAAUGUCAAAACCCAGAGUUAGUGUCGGUCAAUACAACACAACUCCAACAACAAGAGUACUAAAGUACUCGGUGACUUUCAAUCAUCACCGUGGCUCACCUCCCCCCUGGUGUCCAGCAAUUCUCCAAAACCCACAACAAAAGUCGACUUUUCCCCGUCUUUCGCAAUUAUUUUCCCCUUUAGUUCCCCUAUGUUUAUUCAUUAAUAAAAAUAGUUUCGAAUCGAAUUAGUCAAGUUAUGAGUUUAUUUCUCAAAGUCUAAGUUUCUCAAAGUCUCUAGUUUUCAAAAUUCUAUUCAUUCUAAGUUUUCCAAAAACCCUCCAAAAGAAGUUUCCCGAGGAAAGUCUAAGAAUACGAACAAAUGGCUAAGUCUCAAACCCCAAGUUUGAACUUACCUAGGGUUGUUUCCCCAACCCGAAAUAUUAAACAUCACCAGUUCAAUGAGUCCCCACUCCGAAGUCGCGUCAAAACGCACAAUUCAACAACAUCUCAACAUCAUAAGUUAUGGAAAACAUCAUAACAUCAGUUCAUCAUCAUAAUCAAUAUCAAAGUAAAGCAUAAGUCGAAUUUAUCGACGCCUAUCAUGCAGUCAUAGCUAAAAGGUAAGUUGCCCUAACCUCGAGCUGCUCCAGUCUCGUGGUCUAAAUCUCCUUCACACACUUGCUCCGUAAAACCCAAAGUUCCUUCAACUGAACCUCGGAGAAAACAAAGCAGAAAUCCAACAAAAUCGAUUAGCUCGAUCACAAUACAACUCAUUAACGAAAGACAAAGCAUUGAAGCUUCAGAAUACAACAAUCGGAUACGAAAAGACAAGUUUUCGAAAACGAAAAACUCCCCCCCCCCUCACUACAUGCUCUCGGCCACAAAAGGAAAAGAGCUCCGGCUCUUUUUCUUCGAUCAAAUCUGUUUACAAAGCAGUUUUAGGGUAAAACUAAGGCAAAGAAACUGUCGGAAAAAUUUUCGGACGAUCGGAUCGAAAUACGGCUAUUCAGGGGCGUUUUGGUCCAAAAUAAAAGCUCAAAACCUCAAAGUUAACACUUCGGAAAACAAAUUUGACAGCGAUGUUCCUAACGACAUCCGUAGCAACUAAUCCUAAAGGCACGAAGUCAGAUUACGACUUUUCGACAUUAAAGUUUCGUAAUGUGCGCCAAAAAGGGUUUUGAAACAGUUUUUCAGAUCCUUGACAACUCGAUCAAAAUCGGCGAAUACCGACGAAGGUUCUAGGCUCUUGGGCACGUAGAGAAGAUACCCCAACAGAGAAAUCAGGAAAAAUGGACAGUUUUACGAAAAGCUCGAAACUUUGAGCACAGAAACAGCUAAAGAAACGCAGUAGAAACAGUGAUCAGAGGUAAGAAUCAAGCUAGUUACCUCGAUACCUUGAAGUAGGAACGAACUGCGCAAAGAUCGGUCAAGUUUUGGCGAAAAAUUUUCUCUCCUCUCCUCUCCUUGAACUCGCGGCCCCAAAUGGAAGAAAAUGAAGAUAUUUUUGAAUUUUUAACUAUUUAUAGGAAGGUGAAAUCGCAGGAAAAUGAAAAUUUCGCGAUUCCGAUUUUUGCAGCACGUUCACCGAUGAAUUCUAAGAGAGAUUCUGGCGACAGAAUUCCAGAACUCAAAACAAAUCUCAAACAUUUGGGAAAAACGAUCUACAAAAUCCCAAAAGCGGUGUAAGUUAAUCUGUCCCGAAAAACUACUUUUUGCUGUGAUGGUCAGACGACAAAACUUCGUUCUGAAGAAAGAUUGGAAACAUCGAGACAAAUCUGGCAAAGCGGACGGAAACUUCGUUAGAAGUCCCGAAUAGAAAAAGUCUUCAUUCACUGAUUGAAUUUAGGGUUUCGAAGCAAAGAAAUUAGCGUCGUCUGACUUCCGAGAAGUGAAUACUAUCGUGCGUACAGUCCAGGGUUCCGAAAUGAAACACUGGUCGAAGGAAAAAUAAAGAGAACUUUUUAUUUUCCCAAAGAUUUGAAAUCUCACUUAAACGUUGCUCUAAAAGCGAAAUUAGCCUAUUCUGGACACUCUCGCCAUAAGGCAGGUGUGCAGACGACUCGCACUAACUCCUAAAACAACUAUGAAACAUUCCUCAAGCAAUUCCUGAACUUUCGUCUUCAUUAAUCUUUCCCAAACAUCAAACUCCUGUCACGCUUACACUGAUUCUACGCGUGAGUCGGAAAUUAACUUGUUCUGUAAAUCCAGGUCUUACAUGUAUACUUACAACCUUUAAUCAAGGAGUUGAAUGAGCUAUGGAGUGAGGGUGUGGAAACCUAUGAUUCAUCAAUGAAUGAAGUGUUUAGAAUGCGAGCAGCUCUUAUGUGGACAAUUAGUGACUUCCCAGGACUUAAUAUUCUAUCCGGGUGGAACACUUAUACUGCAUAUGCUUGUCCAACAUGUAACUUUGAUACAAUCCCUUGCCAGCUGAAAUAUAGUCAAAAAAAUUGUUUUAUGGGUCACAUGAGAUUUCUGGAGAGGGACCAUAAAUUUAGAUCGAUGGUGAGGCACUUUGAUGGCACAAUUGAAGAAAGGGAUCCCCCAAAGUUAUUAUCUAGGUCAGAAAUUUUGAAGCAACUAGAUAUUGACUAUGACAUAAAUGUGUUGAAUCAAUGCCAAAAGAAGAGUGUAUUCUUUGAUCUUCCUUAUUGGAAAGAUAAUGUUUUACGCCACAAUCUGGACUUUAUGCACAUCGAGAAGAAUGCUUGUGAAAAUGUAUUAUAUACAAUGCUGAAACAUGAAAAGUCAAAAGAUCAUCUCAAGGCUCGCCAAGACCUACAACAUAUGGGCAUAAAAGAAGUUCUUUGGCCUGAUGAAAAUGAAAAUUUUCGUCCUUUAUUGUUUACAAUGACAAAAGAACAAAGAAAGAUAUUUCUAUCAACAUUGAAGAAUGAAAAAAUGCCAGAUGGUUACUCAAGUAACAUAUCUCGUUGCAUUGAUGAAGAAAAAUCUGAGAUAUUUGGGUUAAAGAGUCAUGAUUUUCACAUUAUCAUGGAACAUUUGCUUCCAUUAGCUAUACGUAAUGUGUUACCUGAUGAGGUGACUGCGGUUUUGGUGGAGUUUUGCUCAUUUUUCAAAGAAUUGUGUUCUAAAAGCUUGAAUGUCUCUGAUCUUGACAAGUUGCAGCAGAGGAUUGUGCUCACCCUUUGCCAUUUGGAAAUUCUAUUGCCCCCAUCAUUCUUCACUGUUAUGAUCCAUUUAACCUGUCAUCUUGUUCAAGAAGAAAAGUGGGGAAGGCCAGUUCAUUAUCGUUGGAUGUAUCCAAUUGAAAGGUUUUUAGGACAUUUGAAGUCUCUUGUAAGAAAUAGGGCACAACCUGAAGGUUCCAUAUGUGAAGCUUACUUAGCUGAAGAGACCCUCAAUGUGUAUUCACGAUAUGAAGGUGUUGAAUCAAGGAUGACUAGAGGUCGGCGUGUUGAUGAUAAUCCAAAUAAUAAUGGAACUUCUCAAAUGUCCUCCAUUUAUCCUCAAUUAGGUAGACCAGUAGGAAGGUCAUCAGCUUUCACUUUGACCCCAUUAGAAAAAAUACAAGCACAUCGAUAUUUGUUGCUGAAUUGUCCGAAGGUUGAGCCAUAUGUCGAUGAAUUUAAAGCAGUCAUUAAGAGGAGGACUAGAAGCCGACACCUUCAGCUACUGAGAUUGAAAAGAUAGUUGCUAAAGAUUUUGCAAAUUGGUUUUCUCAACGGGUGUGUUGAAAAUGAAUUUAAUAUUUAGUUUUAACCUUUUUUUUACUAAAACUAAUUGUUUGUU